AUGACAGCAUCUACCCCCUCAUCCAUAUCUCGCUAUCGACCCGCUGUGCUCUUUCUCACCGGCAUCUCGGCUGGCUAUGGAAUAUACCUCAUCUACAACUUCAUCCACACCCCGGCACCGAGCGAUGGUCUCCACCUGCAGCGUCGUAAUGCGAUCCGCCGACGUCGUCCACGAGAUGCACCACAAACUCCCGCCCUUCCACUGAGUGAGGGACACGUCUAUGCGCUAGGCGUCUACGACUUCAUGGGCGUUCGACUAACGCUAGAUGCCAAUAACUUGAUCCAGCCGCAUGAGCUGCGUGAUCUCAUUGUCCACUCCCAAGCAAACACCAGUCCUGACACCAUAAGGAUUGCCAUUGCAAAUUUUUACGAUGAGUUCUUCAAUCGCUUACUAGUCGCCUUAUAUCCAGAUCAACCUCUAUCCUCAUCAGAUAUAGCCUCUAUCCAAGAUUGGCUCAACCACCGUUACCCGCACCACACAGCCAUCGGUAAUACCAGCACACUGGGUCGCGCAGUUCAGAGGCAUGCAGAGUCAUUUCCUCUCCGCGAUGCGCCGGCCCACGAUGAUGCAGAGAGUAUCGCGCCUACAGAGUUAUCUGUGGGAAGCGAAGAGGACCCAGAGGACGGCGCCAUCGACCCAGAAGGACAAACCCUCCAGCGCACCUUGUAUCACAUAGCCGAGGAUCGAGCGAGACUAGAGGGUGUAGUACAUCGCGGUAUCACAUGCAAUGGCUGCGACGAGAAGCCUAUUCGGGGAACCAGAUGGCAUUGCGCAAACUGCCCAGACUUCGACCUCUGUUCAAACUGCGAAGCAACCAACUCGCACCCCAAGACCCAUAUCUUCUACAAAAUCCGCGUACCCGCACCAUUUCUUUCAUUAGAGAAACAAGAGCCUUUGUACCCGGGAAAGCCCCAUAUGAUGUGUCAUUCGAUUCACUCGCCGCUCAAGCGACGCCUCGUAGCAGAGACCAAGAUGGAGGCAGAAGAAAUCGAGGCUCUCUGGGAUCAAUUUACCUGUCUAGCGGGUACCGAGUGGACGAGCGACCCAUCCAAUAUUGGAUGGGCUAUCGAUCGACGCGAGUUCAAUCAUGCAUUCGUCCCUCGUUACAAGGCACUUGUGUCUGCUCCGAACCUCGUCUACGAUCGCAUCUUCGCAUAUUACGACACAGACAAGAACGGACUCAUCGGCUUCGAUGAGUGGGUCAAAGGGCUAGACGGCAUGCACACAACUGACAUAGAUGUCAAGGCGAGGAUUGUCUUCAACGGAUAUGAUAUCGACGGAGAUGGCUAUAUAUCUCGCAAGGAUAUACUGCGCAUUUUCCGAGCUUUCUUUGCCAUUGAGAAGGAAGCCACCCACAACCACAUCCGAGAGCUUUCCGACGAUCUGACCGUGCGGAACGCGUUGGACACCAUACAGUCUAGUCAGCCGCUUGGUUCUGCGUUCCCGCCACGCAGUAUGAAUGGCUCAAACGCCCCCAAUGCUCGCUUACAAGAGAAGCAAGAGAAUGCCGAUACGCCGAAUUCACCGUUACUCGAGAAUCACACCGACGUCGCAGAGCGAGAUGAGAUCCUGCGAGCGUUCGACAGCCACUACAUCACCCCCGGGCACCCGUGGGAUGGAUCUGAAACAGAUAUUGUGAGUGCGAGAUGGGCGCGCAGACAAUACUACAUCGAUGAAGAAGAAGGCCUGGCUCGGCCAAACGAAGUAGAAAUGUCUCAUCUGGACAAUCAGGAAGCCAACGACGAGGUGGAUCAAGCCCCAGCCCAAGUCCUGAACGAUGAACAACGUAGAUAUAGGGAUUCGCGGUCAUCGUCAAGGGUCCGCUUCCAGGACGAUAUCGAGAUAGAAACGCGAUCCAACGCUUCAUCGUCUAGACCCGUCGGUGAACGAUGGGGUGGCUAUGACAUACCUGAACCUGAGCAAAACUUGAGUAACGAAGUACUAUAUCAAAUCACUCAGCAAGGCUUCAAUGAAAUGCUCGACCCGCUCUUUCUCGAAAAGGAAGACAUGGCCAUGGAUGCACAUGAAACACGCAGCAAGCGUAGAGAAAUGGCGACCGCUAUCGAAAGCACGACUAACGACCUCUUCACGAAAAGUAAGGCUGAUGUUGAAGCUAUUGCCAAGGUUGGCAUCUUUCGGUUCUCCAAGUGUCUUGUACGCAAGUUCAUUGACACGAUCAACCAAAGACAGUCGAGCAUCAAACAACUCUUUCAAAAUCCCGCCAAUAGUAACCCUCUCACGGAAAAAGACGCACAUGCGGCAAUAGAAGGAAUCUAUGACUCACUGGAAGCAAGGGUCAUUAGGUCGAUUGGUGUGUCUAAAACACCAAAUCUCGACAACACGAUGUUGUGGAAUACGUUGCUAUGCAGACGUCAACUCCGAGAAGAAACGGUUGAUGCUGUCAUUCAGUGCGCACUUAAAAAGGGAUGGCUAGCUUAUCCCUCCACGAAUGGAAGUACAGCUGGCCUUUACAAAGAUCCUACGAUGCCUCAGUAUCGGCCAAACUCACUUGCCCACCCAAACUCUCGGCCUACCACGCCUGACUCUCCAGAAAUACAUUCGGCUUCUGGGAGUGAUGACUUCUCACUGGGAACACACGAAGGACCAACUAUGUACUCACAACUUUUUGUAUCUGCAUACGCAAGUAAUUAUCAGUUUCGGGAAGAGCUGGAGAUAGCUUCCAUGGAAUCUGAAACACGGGAGCCACGUACAUCGACGCCACCUGUAGUAGUUGCAGAGCCUGAUCAGCCUUCCCAACCAGACCAGGAAGCAAAUAAGGACUUGCUCACCAUCAAUUGGCGAAACUAUACCGACGCGCCUGAGAUGUACGAUUUCUUCACUACAGACUCGGAUGAGAAGUUCAUCAGGUGCAUGAGUACAACUAACUGUUAUUCUGAGCAUGACAAUAGUGAGACGGGACACCUUAAGUCAUUGCACCGCUCCGUUCGCAACCUAGCCAUGAAUCCCAGUUCGUCUUUGCAUCUCAUAAUGCUGGCCAGUCUCGAAGUUGUGGAGCAAGAAAUUACCCAACGAAAGGGAAGUGGUUUGAUCAGCUUCGAUGAGUUUCUGAAGCACAUGCGGGAGGGCAGAUUGCGAUUCUUGGAAGCAUGGAUGGAUUGGGUCAGCAUGUGA